AUGGCAGUAACGACGGAUGGACUGCAGAGGCGGUCGGAUAGUGAAGACUGUAGCGGGUCGAGCUGCGAGAAGCCUGUGGACUCUAUGAGUGGCAACUCGCUGCUGAUCGGGGUGGUGGUGCCAGUGGUGGUGAUUCUUAUCGGGAUGGCGAUUGUGAUGUUCAAGGUGUGGAAGAAGGGCAAGAAAGAGGCACUGGAAGACGACGACCCGCGAUUCUACGGCGAAAGCGAGUUCCUCCCAGAUUUCCACGAGACUUCCGACGUGUACCCGAUGCAGGACAAGCCUCCAGUGAUGCCGGCUAGCGGAAAUGGACUCGAAUCGCUGAAGCCGCCAGGGUACGCUAUGCAGCGGACCGUUUCGUCGCAGGGCAGUUCUUACGCGUCAUCGCCGGUGGAUCCGUUCCAGCUGCCGGAAGUGGAUGACCGUGACUCGCUGCGGACGUAUGCGCGGAACCUGCAGACGGAGCCUGCGGGAUACGCACUUGCAUCGGCGCCGAAGGCCCCGCUUCUCACCUCGAGCCCGCCGCCACCGACGGUGCGACCAUACCUGGAAUCCAACGGCUCAUUCGUGACUUCCACCAGUCGCUUUGACGUGGACACAGCUCUCACACAGCCGCACAUGGACGCCAUGUCAGUUCUGCAGUACUCCAAGCAGCUGGCGAAUGAUCCGACCGUCAACUACUCCCAGUAUAACCCCACCGCUCCGCCGCCGGCGCGUUCGGCCAUUCCAGAUGUAGCGAAAAGCAGGACUCCCGUACAACAAACUAGAGAAACGAGCCCAGUACUCACCGCUCCUCUCGUUCGCCAAGAGACUUCUCUGAUCUCUGCUCAGGUACCGUCCGAGGACUCGUUUGAGUUCGAAGAAAGACGGUCCAUUGAGAAUUUAGGCACAGACAUAAAAGUGAAAGGCAGCGCAAGGGGCCCUGUCGAGGCACCGGAGACAGCAUCGAAGCCUGGAGCCCCAGGCUUAAACAAGAUGGCGUCAGAUCGACCCACGAAUCUAAGGGUACAAACCGACGCCCUCCCGAACGGAGGCCAAAAAGCGGUCAGCCCCCAGGCAUCUAAAACCUUGAAGUUUAAGAUGGCAGAUGACGAUGAAACUUACGCUACACAAAUGUCUCCGGAUGACUCAAACAGCAUUGACCGCAUAAAAAGCAUAUACCAGGUCUAUUUAGACCGCAAUGGGACCGCAAGAAGGGCGCCAGACGCGUCCGAAGCGGAUGGACAAGAGUUUUACGCCGGCUUCGCGCACGAUGCGCAAGCGGUGACACAAGCGGGCGUUGGCGCCAAGGAGGAACUGUCGAAGGAUACAUCACCUAAUGCCCACACUUCAGCGGCCCAACAUAAGCGUGCUGUCUCUAGCAUUUACUCUGAUGGACAGCGCCAAAGAGACUUUAUGAACGAACAAGAUAAUCUUUCGGUGGUGCCUCCUCUGCCACAAGAAUUCGCGCAUCCGCAAGAAAAGGAGAACGUGGAGGUUCUACCAAGUCCAUCCAACUUGCCCGAGGCGAUGACCGCUCUUUCAUUGACCUCUUUCAAAAAACCAACACAAGCACGCUCUCCAAAUAUGACUUCUUUGCAACAGCACAGCUUUAACAGGCCAUUUAAUCCUGUGGAUCACCCAGAGGCCUUCCAGCAUGAAGACACCGAAAGCCAAGGCCUUCUUGCCGGAGAGAACAACCCCCCCUCUAGGAUCCUACCACACCAUCUCAGACAAUCUGUUGUCAUGACCCACCCUAUGAUGUUAGGUCAGAAGCCUGUCUUCAAGCCUGCGGGAUCGUUCCGGCAAGUCUCGAACGACAGAUCCAAUAGUCUGAGCUCCCAGGGCAAGGCCAACGCUUCGAACUGGCAGGCGAACUCUCGCGUCAGCGGGCUACUAGAACUCUCGGACACUAUGCAACCUGCCAGUGUUGGCAUCGUUCUGCCUUCGGCGCGCUCGCAAAACGACCUGCGUAAGGAACUGGAAAAAUCACACAACUACUCUGUAAUCUAA